ACAGAAGUGCACAGCACCAUGGUUCCAAGGGGCGUCUUCCUGUUGCUGGCGGUGUCGGCGAUUUGGCUGAGUGGGUGUGUUCACCCAGCGGCUUCGGAUCAACCGGCCAUUGCAUGCAGUGAAGGAAAAGGAAUCUGCGUUCAAAAGAAGCUCUGUAGCCUGCCGGUGGCCAACGCUGCUUGUGACAAAGAUGGACGCAUAUGCUGCAGAAAAGGUUUUCUUAAGCUUAAACGUACGUCAGCGCAAAAAGGCAAGGGCAGUAACAACCAGGACUCUAAGAAGGUUGGAAGGGGGAAGAGAUGUACGGAACAAUAUGGGACAUGUAGCCACGAUUGUCCAGGUGCUGUUGACAACGAAAGAAAUUGCCCCGACAACAUGAUGUGCUGUAAGAAGUCACUCAAGUUAGCGACUCAAAAACAAAUUACGGCAAGAGGAAGAGAUAACGACUGUACAGCAGCAGGAGGAACUUGCAACGACGCUACCAAUAUAUGUCAAGAGAAACUUCCCAUCGCAUGUCCGGAUGCGACUAAAAACUGCUGCAAGAGAACCAAGGAUACCUGCAAAUCAAAGGGCUUUAGAUGUGUAAAAUCCUGUAGAGGAAAUGUCAAGAAAUUGAAAGGUUGUAAGCAAGGAAAAGUCUGCUGCGACAGGGCAGAGAAAAAGAACUGCAAAAGCUUGGGCGGAAAUUGUAAAGUUGAAAGUAAAUGCAGAAACGAAAUCCUAAGUCCCACCAAGAAAUGUAGGAAUAAUAAGGUAUGUUGCAAGAAGGGUGAAACGUGUAAAAAAAUGAAUGGGGUUUGUCGAGAGGAAUCUAAAUGCAGCAAAAAUACGCUUACCCCCUCUGUACCAUGCAAAAAUGGUAAAGUCUGUUGCGAAAGAGGAGAAACCUGUAGAAAACUGGGAGGUAACUGUCGAGAGGAAUCUAAAUGCAGCAAAAAUACGCUUACCCCCUCUAUACCAUGCAAAGAUGGUAAAGUCUGUUGCGAAAGAGGAAAAACCUGUAGAAAGCUGGGAGGUAACUGUCGAGAGGAAUCUAAAUGCAGCAAAAAUACGCUUUCCCCCUCUAUACCAUGCAAAGAUAGUAAAGUCUGUUGCGAAAGAGGAGAAACCUGUAGGAAGCUGGGAGGUAACUGUCGAGAGGAAUCUAAAUGCAGCAAAAAUACGCUUAGCCCCUCUAUACCAUGCAAAGAUAGUAAAGUCUGUUGCGAAAGAGGAGAAACCUGUAGAAAGCUGGGAGGUAACUGUCGAGAGGAAUCUAAAUGCAGCAAAAAUACGCUUACCCCCUCUAUACCAUGCAAAGAUAGUAAAGUCUGUUGCGAAAGAGGAGAAACCUGUAGAAAGCUGGGAGGUAACUGUCGAGAGGAAUCUAAAUGCAGCAAAAAUACGCUUUCCCCCUCUAUACCAUGCAAAGAUGGUAAAGUCUGUUGCGAAAGAGGAAAAACCUGUAGAAAGCUGGGAGGUAACUGUCGAGAGGAAUCUAAAUGCAAGAAAAACACACUUACUCCUUCUAUACCAUGCAAAGAUGACAAGGUCUGUUGCGAAAGAGGAGAAACCUGUAGAAAGCUUGGAGGUAGCUGUCGAGAGGAAUCUAAAUGCAGCAAAAAUACGCUCUCCCCCUCUGUACCAUGCAAAGACGGCAAGGUCUGUUGCGAAAGAGGAGAAACCUGUAGAAAGCUGGGUGGAAACUGUCGAGAGGAGUCUAAAUGCAAUCAAAACACGCUUACUCCUUCUAUACCAUGCAAGGAUGGUAAAGUCUGUUGCGAAAAGGGAACAACUUGUAAAUCAAUGAGUGGACAGUGUAAAAAGGAAGCUAAAUGUAAAAGCAAAGUGUUGAACCCCAGCAAGAAGUGCAAAUCUGGUAAGGUAUGCUGCUUAAUCCGUACCUGUAGCGACAGAGGAGGGAAGUGUAAGAAAGAAGGAAAGUGCAACGGCAGAAUCGUCACGGUGAAGAAGCCAUGCAAAGAACCCAAAGUCUGUUGUCUAGAGACAACGGGCCCAGACACCACGACCGAAUCAGCACCACAAACAACUGUUGGUCCUGGACCACAAACAACUGCUGGUCCUGGACCACAAACAACUGCUGGUCCGGGACCACAAACAACUGCUGGUCCUGGACCACAAACAACUGCUGGUCCUGGACCACAAACAACUGCUGGACCGGGACCGCAAACAACUGCUGGACCGGGACCGCAAACAACUGCUGGACCGGGACCGCAAACAACUGCUGGACCGGGACCGCAAACUGCCGGCCCAGGACCGCAAACAACUGCUGGUCCGGGACCACAAACAACUGCUGGUCCGGGACCACAAACAACUGCUGGUCCGGGACCACAAACAACUGCUGGUCCGGGACCACAAACAACUGCUGGUCCGGGACCACAAACAACUGCUGGACCAGGACCACAAACAACUGUUGGUCCGGGACCACAAACAACUGCUGGUCCGGGACCACAAACAACUGCUGGACCAGGACCACAAACAACUGCUGGUCCGGGACCACAAACAACUGCUGGUCCGGGACCACAAACAACUGCUGGCCCGGGACCACAAACAACUGCUGGUCCGGGACCACAAACAACUGCCGGACUGGGACCACAAACAACUGCUGGACCGGGACCACAAACAACUGCUGGACCGGGACCACAAACAACUGCUGGACCGGGACCGCAAACAACUGCUGGCUCGGGACCACAAACAACUGCUGGACCGGGACCACAAACAACUGUUGGUCCGGGACCACAAACAACUGCUGGCCCGGGACCACAAACCACCCCUGGACCGGGACCACAAACAACUUCUGGUCCGGGCCCACAAACAACUGUUGGUCCGGGACCGCAAACAACUGCUGGACCGGGCCCACAAACAACAGUUGGUCCGGGACCGCAAACAACUGCUGGACCGGGCCCACAAACAACAGUUGGUCCGGGACCGCAAACAACUUCUGGACCGGGCCCACAAACAACAGUUGGUCCGGGACCGCAAACAACUGCUGGACCGGGACCACAAACAACUACUGGUCCAGGACCAGAAACAACUGCUGGCCCGGGACCACAAACAACUACUGGUCCAGGACCACAAACAACUGCUGGCCCGGGACCACAAACAACUACUGAACCAGAACCACAAACAACUACUGGUCCAGGACCACAAACAACUGCUGGCCCGGGACCACAAACAACUACUGAACCAGAACCACAAACAACUACUGGUCCAGGACCACAAACAACUGCUGGCCCGGGACCACAAACAACUACUGAACCAGAACCACAAUCAACUACUUCAACUCAAACCACUUUCCCCAUUCCUCCCACCAUUGUAACUGGUCCCACUACAUCUACAGACAUAGCUACCACUACACUAGAUACAGCCACUGUAAUUACAAAAGAUACAACCACUGUUACUACAUCAAAUACAACCGCUGCCACUGCAGCAGAUACGACCACUGUCAUUAUAAGCACAACCACUGCUACUACAGCAGAUACAACCACUGUCACCACAACAGGUAUAACCACUACCACUACAACGGACACAACCACUGCUAUUACAACAGAUACUACAACAGGUACAACCACAGCAACAACAAACACAACGACUGCCACUACACCAGAUACAACCACUUCUAUUACAACAGAUACUACAACAGGUACAACCACAGCAACUACAACAGACACAACCACUGCCACUACACCAGAUACAACCACUGCUACUACACCAGAUACAACCACUGCAACUACACCAGAUACAACCACUGCCACUACAACAGACACAACCACUGCUACUACACCAGAUACAUCCACUGCCACUACAACAGACACAACCACUGCCACUACACCAGAUACAACCACUGCCACUACAACAGACACAACCACUGCAACUACACCAGAUACAACCACUGCUACUACAACAGGGACAACCACAGCAACUACAUCAGACACAACCACUGCCACUACACCAGAUACAACCACUGCAACUACACCAGAUACAACCACUGCCACUACACCAGAUACAACCACUGCAACUACACCAGAUACAACCACUGCCACUACAACAGACACAACCACUGCCACUACACCAGAUACAACCACUGCAACUACACCAGAUACAACCACUGCCACUACACCAGAUACAACCACUGCAACUACACCAGAUACAACCACUGCCACUACACCAGAUACAACCACUACAACUACACCAGAUACAACCACUGCCACUACAACAGACACAACCACUGCAACUACACCAGAUACAACCACUGCCAUUACAACAGACACAACCACUGCAACUUCACCAGAUACAACCACUGCCAUUACAACAGACACAACCAUUGCAACUACACCAGAUACAACCACUGCCACUACACCAGAUACAACCACUGCAACUACAACGGACACAACCACUGCAACUACACCAGAUACAACCACUGCCACUACAACAGAUACAACCACUGCCACUACAACUGAUACAACCACUGCCACUACAACAGAUACAACCACUGCUACUACAACAGGUACAACCACAGCAACUACAACAGACACAACCACUGCAACUACACCAGAUACAACUACUGUCACUACACCAGAUACAACCACUGCCACUACAACAGAUACAACCACUGCCACUACAACAGACACAACCACUGCUACUACACCAGAUACAACCACUGCUACUACAACAGACACAACCACUGCAACUACACCAGAUACAACCACUGCUACUACAACAGACACAACCACUGCAACUACACCAGAUACAACCACUGCUACUACAACGGACACAACCACUGCUACUACAACGGACACAACCACUGCUACUACAACAGAUACAACCACUGCUACUACAACAGAUACAACCACUGCUACUACAACAGAUACAACCACUGCUACUACAACGGACACAACCACUGCCACUACAACGGACACAACCACUGCUACUACACCAGAUACAACCACUGCUACUACAACAGAUACAACCACUGCCACUACAACAGAUACAACCACUGCUACUACAACAGAUACAACCACUGCCACUACACCAGAUACAACCACUGCUACUACAACAGAUACAACCACUGCCACUACAACAGAUACAACCACUGCUACUACAACAGAUGCAACCACUGCAACUACACCAGAUACAACCACUGCCACUACAACAGAUACAACCACAGCAACUACAACGGACACAACCACUGCUACUACAACAGAUACAACCACUGCAACUACAACAGACACAACCACUGCCACUACAACAGAUACAACCACUGCCACUACAACAGAUACAACCACUGCCACUACAACAGAUACCACUGCUACUACAACAGAUACAACCACUGCUACUACAACAGAUACAACCACUGCCACUACAACAGAUACAACCACUGGUACUACAACAGAUACAACCACUGCAACUACAACAGAUACACCACUGUAACUACACCAGAUACAACCACUGCUACUACAACAGAUACAACCACUGCCACUACAACAGAUACAACCACUGCUGCUACAACAGAUACAACCACUGCUACUACAACAGAUACAACCACUGCCACUACAACAGAUACAACCACG